AUGGAUCCAUUCAGCUUGACCGUCGGCACCUUAGGUAUCGUUGGAGCAGCGGUACAAAGUAUUAGUGCUUUAAUUCAUGAGAUCAACGCCAUCAGAGAUGCACCAGUUGUGAUAGCUGGUCUCAGAGACGAACUAGUGGCUGUGGAGGCCAUUCUUUUGGUUUUGGAUAAUCCACACAAGAAUUCCCAGCUUGAACACCUCACGCCUGAUGCAAGGACGGCGCUACAGCUGACUGUCACGCAUUGCGCAAAAGCUUGUACCGAGUUUCGCAACAAGAUAGUACGGUGGACGAAGCACUCAGGUGAAAAACUGCAUGCAUGGGAUCGUGUCCGUGUUGGCUUGUUCGCUGAACGAACUGUUGAGACUUUAUGUGAGCAGCUUAACCGCUAUAAAUCUACCAUGAACAUAGCAGUCAGCACUGCUACCUUGCUCGCGACCGCAACAUCGUACCCCACCGUCAACGCAAUGCAAGAAGACCUCUAUAUCAAGGAAACGGAGAUCGCUCAGGAGAUCAGCAAGAUUGAUGAACAAUUGGCUGAAGCGAGAAAUACCCUACAGUAUGUCACACAAGCGCAGCUCUUGAACGAUCAUCAAGACGGCGCCGAGGUCAUUGAGCAAUUUCAAGAUCAAUGUGCUGCACUAGAUGAUUCUAGAAAGCUAUUAGAAAGCCUGCUCGCGGAGGCUCGUCAAGUGCGUGCGAAGCAAAACAUCACAGAUGUCGACAUGAGUGACGGCGGAAGGCUUCUCGUCGGUCUUAUUAAUUUCGACAAUGAUAACGGAGACGUUCGCCAGGAGAUUCACAAUGUGAAAGCCACAAACCACGGCAAGGGGGUAAUAGGAGUGGCCAAAGGAUUUGAUGUCAAUUCGUUUUUUCAAUAA